AUGUCAUUUCGAUUUAAUUCCCAAGCUUUUGAAGACAACUCAUUUAAUGAAAAGAUCAGAGAGAAAUUAACGCAGGCGUUGAAUUCGUCCUCCAGUGAUUCGAGAUCACCGAAGGUUACCAAAACUACUAUGGGUGAGGGCAGUACGUCAAAAAAGGAUAGUGGAUCUGGAGGUAAAUCAAGAAAAUUUGACAUUUUAAAAAGUGGGAUUACCGUAAGUAAAGUUAACUUCCCUACUACCCCUCAGCUGGAAAUAUUAGACCUGGACAUUAGCGCACAACCAAGGUCACUCGUAAAGGGAAUAUGCAAAAUUUCAUGCAAAGAUGCAAUGUUACAAAUCCAAACUGAGGUGGAGGCUAAUCUUUUAUUGGUUUAUUCAGAAUGCUCACCAUCUUUUGCUACACCAAACAUGAUUUGUAACGAUUCAUUUACCAUCCCUAUUACUAUGGUUUUCAGUGAAAUCAGGUUGGAAGCCAUAACGAAUAUCUUUGUCAAACAUUCUGGAAUCGGUAUUUCCUUUAACGAUGUUAAUUUAGAUUUUAAAUUUGAUUGUUCUAUGAAGAUUUUACAAUCGACGAUUGAAAGAAGGUUGAAAAAUUCUAUGCACCAUUUGUUUAAAGAGGUUCUACCCAGCGUCAUCUUUAGUAUGUCACAAUCACUAUUUCUUUCAGAAGCCGCUAGAAACCAAGAGAUGCAUAAUGAAUCGCGGGGCGAUUCUCGGCCCUCUCCUAGAGUUGUCUUAGAGGAAUCGGACCUACAGGAAUUGUCUCCUGCGAACAUGUUGAGACUGUCCACACUGAUAUCCUCAAGGCAGACCUUAUCGCUGCAUGGGACGGUGCUGAAUGUACCUUCCACGAUUCCUGGUUGUCUAGAGAGGCAGAAUUUACAUCGUUUCAAUUCUAGAAUCCCGUCAUUAUCCAAUUAUUAUGCAUCUUACAAAGAAGAAGAAAAGAGUCGACAAGUGGAAGUUAAGAAAAGUGUAGGCUCGUCUGUGCCGCUACCACAUACUUCGUUUGCUGCGAACCCUAAUUUACUACCAGUAAGAACCUUACAAGAAGGCGCCUACGAUUUGCCAACAAUUACAGGAAUACAGAAUCGAAUCUUUGAAAGAAGUACUGAUGAGAAUGAACGUCCAAGAAGAAGAAAACUUAAAAUCAAAAUGUCAGGGCGCAAGCAGCAACCACAAGCACCCAAAGAGGAGGAACCAAAACAGGCAGAGCAACAGCCUGAAACCGAACCACAACAACAGCGGUUAUUACCUACACCCGAAAUACCCUCUCGUGAACAAGCUUCUACGCCUGUGGAUAUUGAUCCCACUGUAUCGACGCCAGAUAGUCCUGAUACCGAAAUAACAUCACCAAAACCCUUAAGCAUCAGAAAUCCAAUUUUAUCGGAUGUGGAAAAAAUGGAUUCCGAAGAUGCAUCUGCUAAAUCAUUCGUAGCACCGCUCAAGCUACCAGUUAGUAUUACCUCAAAAUAUUUCAACUAUCCAGCCGAUCACAUAUCGGCACAGACUCCAAGAAGGUAUUCACCACAGAGAAUCAAUUGGGAAGAUGCACUUUUUAAUACUUCGGAAUUGUCUAAUUUGAGAACAUCUCUUUACUCCCCCAUUGCUAGGGGCUCACUGCUAAAUCCUACAAAAGAACGUCCAGAUCGUGGUAGAAUAUUGGAUAACAGACGUCUAAGUUUCGUCGGGCUAAAUUUCAAAGGUGGCAAAUGGGGUGAUGACGAUGACCCACCUCCUUACAGCGGCUGA